AGUUUUAGCGCCAAAACUGACUGACAGAUAGGAACUUAUUGCUCUGGUUUAGCCACCACCAACUAUACAUUUAACAUUUAAAGUAUCGUCACAGAAAUCAAUUGAAUAUGAAGUUUGCAAUUCCAGAAAUUUCUUGGCAUAAUAGAGAUCCCGUUUUGAGUGUAGAUUUUCAGCCAAAAGCAGAUACAAAUGAAGCAUUAAGACUUGCCACAGGAGGGACUGAUUCUCAUGUUUUGAUCUGGUACAUUUCAACAACAGACAGUGGGUCUGUUAACCUAGAAGUAGCCGCUGACCUUACAAGACACCAGAAGGCUGUCAAUGUAGUGAGAUGGUCACCAAAUGGUCAGUACUUGGCAUCUGGUGAUGAUGAGUCUAUCAUAUUUAUUUGGAAGAAGACUGAUAAGGAGCCUGCUCCAGCCAUGGAGCAGAUGGAAGAACAGUACAAAGAGUCCUGGGUGAUACAUAAAACCCUUCGCGGGCACAUGGAAGAUGUCCUGGACAUAUCCUGGAGUGCUAACUCCCUGCACCUAGCCUCCGGCUCUGUGGAUAACAAGCUGCUGGUGUGGGACCUUGCUCGUGGCAAGUACAGCAGCAUUCUGACUGACCACAAGGGGUUUGUGCAGGGUGUGAGUUGGGAUCCUAGAGGACAGAUGAUAGCUUCGGCUAGUUCUGAUAGAGUGAUGCGCACGUUCGACGUGGCUUCCAAGAAGGUGACGUCACGCAGCAGUAAGGCCGUCCUGCCGUUCCCGGCGGAACACCCGCUACAUGACGUGAAAGUCAGGCUAUACCAUGAUGACACACUUCAGACAUACUACAGGAGACUACAGUUUAGUCCUGAUGGGUUGUUGCUAGCUGUGCCCGGCGGCAAAAUAGAGCCGGAACAGGGAAAAGUGGACAUCAAACCUAUCAAUGCUGUAUACAUCUACACACGAUAUUCUUUGAAAGUGCCGGCCUGCGUGCUGCCGUGCGGCGAGCCCGCGCUCGUGUGUCGCUGGAGCGGCCGCCGCUACCGCCUGCGCGGCCCCGGCCCGGCGCCCGCCCUGCCCGCGCCCGGCCCGGCCCCCGCCCCGCCCGCCACUACACCCGCCUGCCGCAUGCUGCUAGCAGUAGCCACCAAGCGCUCCGUGUUGCUGUACGACACACAGCAGAAGACUCCCAUCGCGCUCAUCAACAACAUACACUACACUAGAUUGACGGAUCUGUCAUGGUCUCCGGACGGGCAGCAGCUGGUAGCGUCGAGUACGGACGGUUACUGCUCGGUCAUCAGUUUCGCUCCCGGCGAGCUUGGGGAGGUCAUUCCCGAUGACGAGCCCGCGCCCGAACAACACGCCACAGAAUCUAUGGAAGUGGACGAGCAACCAGCUGACACACCAAAAGAAGAACCAGAAAAGCCUAAAGAAACUAAACCUGUCAACAAAAUUGAUUCUUUUAUCAAAUUCAAAGCACCCGAAAAAUCGCCUAAGAAACAGAAAAUAGAACCGCAACAGAAGACACCCAUCAAAAUUGAUGUUUUGGAAGAAGUAGCCAUGCCGUCGUGGUCAGACAACAGUAAUAAUGAAAUAAUCAAACCUAAAGCCCCUGAGCCGUCGAAAGAUGAGGUCAUGGUGAUAGAAGACAGCGAGGACAUCAAACUUAUAUAUGAAGACACUGAAGGCGCCAAAUCUACCUCGCAAUCACCAGAUUCACCUAAAAACAAGAACACUGUAAAUAAACCUACUGAAAAAUCGGAAACUAAAGACACAGCUAAAACUGACGAAAAAACGUCCAAACAAAAUAAUUCACCAAAAAGCCCUCCAAAUACAAAGAGUAAUGUCAGCCACCCCAGUACUCCAAAAAGUAGUGGCACAAUAAAUGUGAACAGUGAUAACAAUUUCUUUAAACAAGCGAAGGUCACUGAUGUCAAGGAACAAGCUGUCAAGUCUGCUCCUAGCCCUAAAGCUCCCCGGCGAGUUAGUUUCGUCACCCUGUCCAGCCCUAAGAAUGCUAAAAAGAAAUAAUGUGCUAUUCAAUAAGCAAUCUUCCGAGGAUAUGCAUGAUGAUGUUACAAAGAUAUCGUAGACUUGCGCUAAAUUUGAUCAGAUGUUUCCACUGAGUUGUGUUAAAUUAAGACCACAACAGAAAAAGUGACAUUUUGACUCUUCUUUUGGACAUUUUUCUAUCUGGAAUAGUGGGUGUCAUUUCUCCAUCAAUUCAUAAAAUGAAGCAUAAACACAUCAAAAUGUAGCCA